AUGUCGUGGACGGACGUCGAUCCCACAGGCACCCUCUCAGCAGCCGCUUCAGCCGUUUCGCUUGUCGGAGCGGUGCUUCGAGCUGCACCAGCUUUGAAGAAUGCUACGAGCAAUGUGAGAUCCCCAUCGAUUGCGGGCCCUUCUCCUCUUCAGCGCUCUACAACCGCUCCAGUGCCUUCAGCGGUUUUCAAAGAUCCAGAACGCGAACGCCGAGCCUACGAAACGGUCAAUUACGUGCUCAGAGAAUUUGGCAAUCGUCUUUCGGCCGCUGGGCUCGUCGAUGAGCAUGCGCUUACAAAAGCUCUUACCUCUGCUACCCAACACAUUGAAGUAAAAUUGUUCUCUGGGGAGGUCAAUAGACUGUUCGAAUCGCUUGCGCCGAGACUGGCAGACCCGAUGCUUGUGAACAGUGUAUUUACGGCGAUUUACUUCAUAGGUGCUUUGAUAGCGCAGCUUACCAGUAGUCUACCAAAUUACAAGACAACGUACCCUCGCCUUGGUCCUAGACUCGUCCAGCAAGUUUUUAGAACGGCGAUUGGCGAAGACGCAUUCAAAGAGAACUUGAGCGCAAAUCUGGACGCAUACGAAACGCUGGCAACGACUGCUGGACUUUUGAGGCCCACGGAUAUUGGUUAUACUUGCUUCCCAGGCUUGCCAACGUUGUCUCCCGGGCGCUUUUCUAGCAAGGUCUGGGCCGAUGUCAGAAGUAAUAAAUCCUCAUUCGACAAGCUUUGCAAGCAUUUCGACCGGGCUGGUUUUCCGCAGCCUUUACAACGUUUACAGGAAGAGGUUGGGCAUAUAAACGAUUGGCGCUUCCUUAUGAGCGACAGCAAUCUCAGGGCUUACGAUGUCGAAAAAGCAGAUAAGAUGAUCGGCGAAAAUUCGGGGAGGGUAAUACAUUGGCUCAUAUGCUCAGCAGACCGGAUACCACCAGGGCAGGCUAUCAUUGUGUUCUAUGAUCAGUACAUUGCAAUCGUUAAAUGGUUGGGUGAGCGUGCAGGUUUUCGUAGCCUGUAUCCUUCGGUCGAUCUGGACAUGACUGGCGUACACUCACAAUUGGAUGGCCGACUCAGAGCGGUAUUGAAUGGCUGGAUCAUCCUCAUGUCUUCCGAGAACACUCGUACGGCAAGAAAUGCUGCAUCGACGAAAUGGGCUGAAGAGCGAGCUAGAGCCGCAAAACAGAUGCCUAAAGCAUAUGCUCAACCAUCUGCAGAGCCAUCCCAGAGGCUACCUGUGGACCAAAGGCAGACCACCCAGAUUGCUCCCAAUGUCAGUGCUGUUGGUCAACCAAAUGUGGGUAGCGAAGGUAUUCCAUCUUCGAUGCAAAACGCGUCGCCCCCACUAGAGAUCCAAUUGAAUGAAGUCAAUCGUUGGUUCCACACACAGUUGAAACCGCAGUGUCAGGUCUUCAUCAGAGCGCCGCCUGCUGACUCGCAUGCUCGAGACAUGGAACGUAGGCGCAUUGUAGAUUUGACCGAGCGCUUCGUCCUACAUCGCCUGGACGCACUGCAAAUUCCUGAAGGACAUCCGGGACGUACUCACAGAAGCGCGAUGAUAGCUCAAGCACAACAAAUGCUUGCAACACUUGAUACGCUGUCUUCGCCAAACCAGGACAACCAAGCCUUAUAUGCUGCUGGAAUGGUUCCUGGCCAGAAUGUCAACAACAUGUUUCCUGCCACCUCCAAUCCAGUGGAGAUAGGCUCCCCUUCCGCGACUUCCAAUACAUCCUCUCCCGUCGCAUCUCCUCCUCCUUAUUGUCCUACAAUUUCUCCAAACUCAGCAACAAACGCAGCAGACGGAUUUCCUUUCCAGCAAAAACGGACCACGGUCGUGCGACGCAAAGCACCACCUCCACCGAAGAAGACGGUACUACUUGUAGCCAAGGCUCUAUACGAUUUCGAACGAGACGCUAACGAUGACGAAGAGCUAAGUUUCAAGGAGGGAGACGAGCUUGAAAUCGUGGAGAAAUCAGCCUCGUUGGAACAAGAUGGAUGGUGCAAAGUCAGAGUCAAAGGAAACACCACCAAAGUCGGGCUGGCACCACUAGAUUAUCUAGAAAUCAUAUCGCCGACGCCGAUCGUACCUGAGAAAGUUCCGGCUAUCCAUCCUGGUGCGCACUUAGUAGCGGACGGUGAUUCUAAGCCUAUCCUUGGUCAUCCAGUGGUACAACAAACAGAGUCGAAUCCACCAACACAGCCUCUUCAUGUUCAGCCUAGCAAUGCCUUCACUUCAUCAUCACAAAAUUCACAAGCUCUGAAUCACGCUGGACCAAACGAACCGGUCAAAGUCAAGAACAAGCUUGGCAAAUAUGAAGUCGCUGGAUUCGCCGUAGCUGGCAUUGGAGCCGCCGCCGGAGUCGGCACCUUAGUCCAAGGAUUCUCAAGCCCAUCCUCGGAACACUCACAAACUGAAUCAUUACACAUGGGUCAUCAGUCACCUGCAGGCCAUAGCCAACAUCCUACGGUUGAGAACAAUAACGAUGCUGUGCAACAAGCUCAAAACGAGGGUUCCCAACCCUCAACCGAACCAAGUCAGAACCAAGACGAUAAUGAAUCUCCUCAAUUUCACCAAGCCCAAGCGUCCACAAUCCAAGACCAAACCACUACCACUGACACAGUCAUCGUGACAGAAUCAGACACCGUCAUCUCGGAUUCUGAGUACUACGACACCAGUGUUCCCCCUGCAACCGACAUUUCCGCGUUCAGCGGUGGCUUCGAUCCCGUACCCGUCACCUCUAACCCUACCACUACCGCCAUCUCUACAAUCGAAGAACCUGCCCUCAUCACCAAUCCCGCAGCUAUCGGCCCCCCACUCACCAUGCAGGACCCUGGCUUUACCACCCCACUAGCUGUGGACCACACUUUUGUCAUCGAAGAGACCACAGUUUCUCCACACCUCGCCCCAGUCUUCGAUCCAGCGUUACAGGAAGAGCCCGUAAUAGUAAGCCCGUUCGCCUCCAUGGCGACACCCCCGCCUGCAACUCCCCUAGACGACAGCCUGGAUGGUGGAGCUGGCAUGAUGAGUCCGUUCACGGGAUACACAGUGCCAUCCACUGCUAAUGAGCCGUUGAAUAUGGUAGAGGAGAAGGGCGAGUCUGUGACAGUGAUGACGCAGGAGAGUGUGGAGACGGUGGAUGGGGGUGCGGUGUGGACUGAGGUUGAGGAUGUGGAGGUCGAUUUUGAGAUGUGA